AUGAGAGAUACGACAUUCUAUGUGAUAACAAGCGGUUAUCAUGUGGGCGGGUAUCGAUCGAUGCGCGAGUGCGCGGCAGGACUCGUUGCAAAAGCAGUAAACAUCGGCAGAUUGAACAGGAGUCUUGGAGGCAUGCACACGUUGCUGGCUCUCAUCUUUGCGGCGCUGGCGUGCGCCUUAGCCCGCCCACCUUUGGCUUCUGUUGCGCCGCCUGACAUGUAUUCGGACCCGCAACCGCAUCGAGUGCCGUUGCCUUACCGCCCCAAGUACCUCAAGGCGUUUGUCGUUCCUCAAUUCCUCAUGCCCCACGACCUUAGAUAUGAAGACUCUCCCAGCGUCCCUCGCCCACGGCCGGAAAGCCUUCUCGAUCGGGAAAUCAAGUUAAUCAAUCAAAUGGAAAUGCAAGACGCUAUGCCAGAACCAAAUCUUUACGAAUUUGAAUAUCCACGCUGGAUUCCUAACGAAACUCCACCAAACUAUAUGAUAAAAAUGCUGAGCAAUCCAGUUGGGUCUCAGUACUCUAAACAAAACUCUUUCUCAAAUUUCGACACUAGAUAUACUGAAGUUAAAUCAAAAAAAGAAGGCAGAAAUCCUGGCACUAAUGAGGAAAUAAAGAAAGCGAGUCAGCCUAAUCUGUUGAAAAAUAUGGGUCUUAGAAAAUCCUUCGCUUUGACACCGUUUGAUUCAGGUUAUUAUGAAGAUACGACUACUGAUUUGACAACUACUCUGGAUCCGGAGGUCGACAAAGGUGCAAAAGAAUUAGAAACAAUGGUUGAACCUCGUCAAACGCGACAAAAUCCCAACUUGAGUAAAAACAAAGCGCUUGUUGCUGGAAAUUUGGAAAGACUUCGCACUGGAUUUACAAUGAAUGAAGACGCUGAUGGUACGGAUAGGCCUCACCACAUUCAUGUACUGGAGACCCCAACCGUAGACCCGGCUAACUCCAUAUACGGAGUAGCAUUGCUGGCUGCAGUUGGUGCGGCUCUUACAAUGGCGAUCGUCGGCUUCGCCGUCGGAUGGUACACGUUAUCAAGGAAGGCAAAAGCUGCAGCUGACGUGGAUUAUCCCGCUUAUGGAGUAACCGGACCUACUGUUGACAGCUCUGGGGAUAGAAAGCUGGCCCAGUCUGCUCAUAUGUACCACUACCAGCAUCAGAAGCAACAGAUCAUUGCCAUGGAGAGAAACGGUAUGGAUCACCGCAAUGCUUCGGUUUCUGACCCUGAAUCUGAGGAAGAGAACGAAGAGGGAGACUACACUGUAUACGAAUGUCCUGGAUUUGCUACCACUGGAGAUAUUGAAGUGAAGAACCCGCUGUUUAAGGAAGAAUCGACCCCGGCUACGCCUGCUAAGAGCGAUACGGGAAAGUCGCAACCCCGGGAAUAAUCGCGACCCCUUCGCCACACCGGCGAUCCCCGGCAUACCAGCAUUGAUAUGCUUUCACCACUUUUCCUGAUCAGACAUUUUGGGACACCUCAAUUUAUCGUAUAUCUUCUAACGCGCUCUCGCCUCUUCUAAACAAGAAAAGUGGUAGAACAAUUUCGUAAACAGUGGACAACUUUAUCAUGACGUGCUUCGAUUACAUUGACUCCGUUGCGACUGUAUCAAAAUAAAUGUGUAUUCAGAAA